AUGCCUCUCACUGUCCUCGCCUCUCCGGUUUACACCCGCCGUUCUCUUGAAGAGCGUGCUGACGUCCGCGAUGCGACGGCAGAAGAAAUUGCAGAGCUUGAAUAUUACAGUGCCUUGUCUGCAAAUGUGUACUGUAUUGGUGUGAUUCCCGGAGGUACCUGGGUCUGCCCUAAUUGCGACAAAACGAAUAAUCUGGAGAUUGUGGAUACCUUUACCACGAUUGUGUACGAUACCAAUGUCCUGAUCGCUAGAAGUGAUUCUGAAAAGACAAUUUAUAUAGUCUUUAGAGGUUCCGUUUCAAUUCAAAAUUGGCUUGCUGAUUUAACAGCCACUCUCGUUCCCUACCCCGAUGCAUCCUUGACUGCAUACGUUCACACAGGCUUCCUCGCCAGUUAUACCGAAGUCCAAUCAAAAUUGAUGUCGACUGUGAAGAGCCAGAUGAAUGCUCAUUCAGAGUACAAAGUUGCUGUUACAGGCCACUCUCUUGGUGGUGCCACUGCGCUCCUGUGUGCUUUAGAUUUGCAUCAACAAGGCGUCUCGAAUAUUGAGCUUUUCACCUUUGGACAACCUCGCGUAGGCAAUGCGGCUUUUGCUAAAUACGUUGUAGAUACUGGAAUUCCGUACAAGCGAACAGUUCACGAACGUGACACCGUGCCACAUGUGCCCUCCGUUGUUGCUGGCUUCCUUCACGCGGGCAUGGAGUUCUGGGAUGUUCCUUUAAGCAGCAAAGUCCAGGUCUGCCCUAACGGAAUCGAAACUGCUGACUGCUCUAACAGCGUUGCUACUUUGACAAGCUUUGUCGAUCAUACUACAUACUUUGAUAUGAGCACGGGUAUUUGCCUCUAG